AAAAGAGUACAGGUCUCCCCACCAUUGACAAGAGGACCAAGUGCCUUUAUACCAGAGAACGAAGUUAUGCAAGCAAAUGGUUUGGAUGAACGUACUAAUCUUCUUGUGGAAGAAUACUCGACGUCUGGUCGCCUGGACAACAUCACGCAGGUCAUGAGUAUCCACACUCAGUACCUGGAGUCUUUCCUCCGCAGCCAGUUCUAUAUGCUACGCAUGGAUGGGCCCCUUCCCUUGCCCUAUAGGCACUACAUUGCUAUAAUGGCUGCUGCCAGACAUCAGUGUUCCUACCUAAUAAAUAUGCACGUUGAUGAGUUUUUGAAGACUGGCGGGAUCGCAGAGUGGCUGAACGGUUUAGAAUACAUUCCCCAAAGACUGAAAAAUCUGAACGAAAUAAACAAACUCCUUGCACACCGGCCCUGGCUAAUCACAAAAGAGCACAUUCAGAAACUUGUCAAGACUGGGGAAAAUAAUUGGUCUCUUCCUGAACUGGUGCAUGCUGUUGUCCUGUUGGCACAUUAUCAUGCCUUGGCAAGUUUUGUGUUUGGUAGUGGCAUUAAUCCAGAGAGAGAUCCGGAUACAUCUAAUGGAGUCAGACUUAUAGCAGUCAACAACUUCUGUGUCUGUGAUCUUGCCAAUGACAACAACAUAGAAAAUGCAUCCCUCACAAGUAGCAACUUUGGGAUUGCAGAUUCUUUAAGUGAGCUGGAGGCCUUAAUGGAAAGGAUGAAGAGGCUACAAGAAGAUAAAGAGGAUGAGGAAGCCUCUCAGGAAGAAAUGGCAACUCGCUUUGAAAAGGAGAAGAAGGAGAGUCUGCUAGUAAUUAGUGGAGCAUUUGAUGAUGAAAUAGUUUCUACAGAUGUCUCCCGCUAUAUUGAAGAUCCUGGGUUUGGGUACAAAGACUUUGCAAGGCGAGGAGAAGACCAUCUGCCAACAUUCAGAGCUCAGGACUAUACUUGGGAAAAUCAUGGCUUUUCCCUUGUAAACAGGCUUUAUUCUGAUAUUGGGCAUCUCCUUGAUGAGAAGUUUCGGAUGGUGUAUAACCUCACAUAUAACACUAUGGCAACACAUGAAGAUGUCGAUACAACUACGCUAAGAAGAGCUUUAUUUAACUAUGUCCACUGUAUGUAUGGAAUCAGGUAUGAUGACUAUGAUUAUGGAGAAGUUAAUCAGUUACUUGAACGCAGCCUGAAGGUUUACAUAAAGACAGUGACCUGCUACCCAGAGAGAACUACCAAGCGCAUGUACGACAGCUACUGGCGGCAGUUCAAGCACUCGGAGAAGGUUCAUGUCAAUCUACUUCUGAUGGAAGCUCGAAUGCAGGCCGAACUCCUGUAUGCCCUUCGUGCCAUAACUCGUCACUUAACCUGAAGCGUUCGCCGAGCAGGAGUAAAGGAGCUUUUACUGAGUAUGUAAAGACCUUUCGAAAUAGAUACACACCAGAAGCUGUUUGUGAUGUAGCAUCAGGUUAUUCAAUUCUCUAGUGUCAAAGUUUAGCCGUGCUUCUCGACGGCUGUAAUGUGCAAUGACGUGUUUUAUUUUCUUGAUGCUUAACAUUACUAAUGAUAACAAAAGUAACACUGAGGAGCACUACUCUGCAUUGUUUCCGGCUGGAUUUCUGCGCAGCGGGCAGGGUCCUGAAACUGGUUUUAUUAUAUCCAAUCCUAGCGCUUUGUUCUUUAAGCACCGGAGUGAAGUGCUUAGAGACUUCUUUUUCCAAGCAAUCAUUUUUCAGAUGAGUGGAAGUCCAGCAGAAGAUCGGUCCUGCCUGUCCUGAGAAUGUACCACCACGUCGUGACUGAGACGCGCGGGCUGCGUUGUGUUGGAUUGCCCACUGGAUUCUUCUGUGUCUCCUGGAGACUGCUUGCCAGUCGCUGUCUUACCACAGCAGUCGAAGGUGAUGCGAGAUGUGGAUGCAAACAUCGAGCACACUUUAAUGUGAAAUUAAUCGCGAUAAAUCCUACAGCAUGCUACUGAAGUGCGAAAUCCAUCCGCUCUGUCGGGCCCCUUCCCCAGAGAAGAGGCCUCACGAUUUGCCAUUUCAGCCACACUUGCUGUGUUUUGAUCACACAUAAUCUUGUUUGACCGACAGUCACCCUCAGUUGUCCUGACAACACCCAUGCUCAUCACAUGUUGCCAUUUGUGUAGUUGGCACCUAGAAAGUUAAUACACAGGCUGACCAAAAAAUAGGGUUGUGGGUUUUUUUUGCACUCUCUUCUUUCUCAAUGUUUUAACUAAGGAAAGUAAAGGAAGGCUAGCAUAUCUGUUCUUUCAUAUUGGAUGUAUAGAAAUUUAUUUCCCAUAACGUUUCCAUAGCAUGAAUUUUUAAUAUUCAAAGUUUAAAAAGUUUCUAUGCAUUAGUGUGAGUGAACAAAAGAAAAGUGCAAUAUUUAAAAAGAAAGCAAGCUUUUUUCCCUGUCAUGCCACUGCUGAAGUGUCCUUCUUAUAUAGCCAUAAAGAAAUUUUAAAACCAAAUUUCUUUAUUGUCUAAGGCCUAGCAGUUUUGUUUUAGCUUUUAUGGCUUAAGACAACCUGAUACUGAGAUGCCAAAGCAUCCCCAAAACAAAGCAUUCUUGGACAACCAGUGAUAUUGGGGAAGGGAAGAAAUAAGCUGCCAAAAAUGUCACACUUUUGUGCUGUUUUCUGUUGCUUUUGGCUAAUUUCUAAGAGCACAAAAUGUUGAUAUUUAUAGCUUUAUUUUGUAUUGCAUUAAUGAACCAGUGAAGUGCCUAAAGAGAUGCUUAAACUUACCCAGUAGGAUGCAAGUUGUCACUGCUUCAACUUUUGUCUGUUGGUUUGGACUUUUCAUAUUUCUUUGAGGAGGGUGACCUUUAUUUCUGUUGCAUACAUUAAAAAAUAACUGGAUAGGUUUAUUUUUGAUGUUCCAUUGGAUUGUAGAACUUUAAACAGGAUUUUAUUCCAUUGGUGACUGCAGAAUAGUUUUUAAAAAUACUAUCAGUCAUAUUUUAACACUUUUCAUUGACAAAAUCAUGGACCAGUACGCUACUAAAGUUAGUUUUUGCUCUUUUUCCCUUUUCCUAAUACUUUGCUGUGACUUCGCAUGUUGGUUUUUUCGCUUUAUCUGUCUGUUCCAGAUUGGAAAGCUAAAUGAUUGUACACUUUUCUGCACUUUCAGACUGCAGGCUCUGCAUGUGAAAACCUUUUGAGGAAGAAAUCAGUAGAUUCUUUUUUUUUUUUUGGAUGUUACGUUGGCUAUUUAGAAAACUACCCAAUAGACAGCAUCGGACUCUCUUCUGGAGAGAGCAUUGGGUACAACAUCAGAUGUAUUUAUCUUGUAUAGCUAACUGCAAAGAUUUCUCACAAGUGUUGAGAUGCUCCUAUGUAUGAACUUAGAUUAACUUUCUGAGUUGCUAUGGUCCUUUUUGCUCCCUCUUGUGACUGUAGUGGCCACACCCCAUGGCUUUUGUGCAUAAAACAGUUCUGCUGAGAGAAGUUUUCAUGCAAUACUUUUGCUUUUUUCAAGUGAUGGGAACUGUACAGUACCACUUUAAAUUCCUUUGCUUUGAAAAGUCAAGUAGUUCUCAAGAAGCACAGUUGAGCUCUGGAAAGGAGGUGAAACUAGAUUUGGGUAACUAAUAGGAUGGCUUAGUUUCCCUUCAGAAACGCAAAGACUCUUAGAGUAGGUUGAGUUUUAUGUUUGGAAACAUGAGUGCCUUUACUUCUUUCCUUAUGAAAUAUACUUGCCAGCUCAAACGCCUUCUGAGCAAAGUACAUGAGCAGAUUUGAAAUACAGAAACCAUAAAUGGAUUGCUUCAUAAAAUUCGUAGUAAACCAGUGAUUUCUUUUCUUUUUUUUUUUUUUUUAAGGUGCCAUAUCAAGUCACAUAUGGACUGCAAGACAUUCCACCGUAGGAAAUGUCAUUGUACAACUAGUUUGCUAUUUCUUUUUUUCUUUUUUUUAAUAUUAAAUGCAAACUUGAAACUUCUGGAAAUGUUUUCCACGUGGCAUUUUUUUUUCAAAGUAUUGCAUUUACAGUGUAACGAUUUAUAGCCUAGUUUUUAUACUCAAAUUUAUGAUUUUUAAUAGGUGUUUGUUCAGAAUAGGUGUUUAAAGUCAGACAACUCUACCAUACACUUUACGCACGCUUUAGGCUCACACUGUGCCAAAUUUUAAUGUGCAAGUGUUCUUGGAUUUUUUGCAUUUUUAAAGCACUCACGAAUGUGAAUCUUCGCUCUUUGUUCAUUAAUUUUAUUCUUAAGAGUACCGUAAUCGUCAGAAGUGUAGAUACUCUCCCUCUGUGUUCCUUUAGUGGAAUUGAUAUUUACCAGCAUUAAUGAAUGUUAGUCCACAGAAUCCCAGUGGUGACCAACAUAAAAACAAAGUGUACAGUCUCCUGUCUACUGGAGAGAAAGCUUGGUAGGUGCAAAUUAACCACCCAGCGCAGGAAACGCUGCGAGUAGGGAACAGAGCUUUGGAGCAUGGACAGCUUCCUGUCAUUGCAGAGUCGCUUCAAAACGUGUGUUGUGAUAGAGUAUAUUCUGGCUGAAAUUGCUCCUUUUUUUUUUUUUUUUGGUAAUGAAGAGAAGUGAAAAAGGUGCCAAUUGGAGAAAAGCAUUUGCAUUUCCCAGAACACUCUGCCAGCGGCAGAACAUCACAGGGGCGCCAUGACUUGUGAUGCUGAUAGAUGUUUUCAAGGGAUUUGGAAAAAGCAGCUAGUUGCCUAAAUUUCCAUGGGAAUCUAAGCACUCAGGCACUUAGCAAAAUCCUACGACGUGCCCACUUGCAUUUUUGAGUCAGAUUUUUAAAGAUACCUAGUCACUUAAAUUCAAUAGAACAAAAACAGUUUCCAUAGAGAUUAAAGGAAUAACGUGUAGCAGAUCCCUGUGAUUUGCAGCAAUUGUUAAUGAAAUGGGUUGUUUUGGGGGCUUAAUAUAGGCUUAGAGAAAUCUUCCCCAAAGCAGUUAAACUGUAAGCUGCUGCUCUUGCAGAACAGGUUUUUGAUGUUUCUCAUGCAUGUGUGUUUUCCAUGGACAUAGGCAUGCAUUUCAGGCUCAUGUUCCAGAGGCUGGACUCCCUUUCAGAAGAGCUGGAUUAUUUAACCUCUACUUGCAGGAAAGAUUUAUUGGUGGUAGCAAGGGGAUAACUUGUGCCCGGACUAAAAAGUUUUGGCCCGAAAGAAAUACUCCAAAACUUUUCCAUUUCAAGUGAUGUUCUUUCAGUUACUUUCCUUAGAGGUUUGAAUCCUCCCAUAAUAUUGCACAAAAUGGAGGGAGAGAGGAGUAGACUCACUGUAGAUGAACUUUCCCAGAGCUGAUCUGAAUAUAAAGCUGUAAGAAUUGGUUUGUCGUUAACAAUCACUCCAAGACCUGGACAAAAAUGUCAGUUUUCACUGUCUUAACUUCUGAUUUCUUCUCUCUGAUGUCCCCCAGCACUAUAUUUGUUUGAAGAGAUGAUCCACCAGCUUUUCCGCAUUUGGGAAUUAUAAAUGAAAAUUUUUAUCUUUAAAUGAAGACGAAUUUAGCAUUUCAUACCUACUGCAUAGAUCACAGGUGUGGGAGAUGGAGAGAGCACAGUAGCAUGAGAAAACUUGAGGAGCAUCUUGAUCAGUAUUAAUUUCUCCCUUAGAGCACAUUUCCUGGCAUGCGGUCGUGCUGCUGCUCCCCCAACACACAUCAGGUCUCUUUUGCAGACAUUUAAUCCUUCUGCUGCUCACCAGGGGCAAAAAUUGUCAUUUUCUAACCCGCCACCACCACCUUGCAUCGAGUGCUUCCUACCUUCCUAACUCACAGCCCCUAGCAGCCGUGCAGGGACAACCUCCUAGCCUUAACCUUGUAAAUCUGCGCGAGGUUCCUACAUCACCCUUUGCUAGUGACUUCAUAGAGUCUUUCUCAUGUUCAGAAACACUUAAUUGCCGUAGUAGGUUAUUUUUCUGGACAGGACAAUUCUAAAUCUGGUUCGAAAGGAUGACAGUUUAUAACAUUUUGGUAGCAUUUGCUGGUAGCGUGUCAGAUCCCAUCUCUGGAGGUACAGUAAUAAUCCAGUGGAUCCACUAAGGAGACGCUUUCUUUGGCAAAACUCCCCGUGCUUGAGCUGUUCAGGUGUGCAGGUUUCUUUGAGGGACAUCUAAGGGGGAAUUUGAGGUCCUCUUGUGCCAGGUGGGCUUACAGGGCCGUUGGGUUGGCAGCUCCUCGGGUGCCUUGCAGCCAGGCAGGCUGUGGCCAGCUUCUGGAACAAGUGGAUUUGGGCUUUUCAUUUGUCUUUGGGAUAAAUCCAAGUGGAUUUGGGUUUUUCGCUUAUCUGCAGGAUAAAUCCAAAUACAUGCCGUGGAGUGGCUGCUGGAGAUGUAGGCAGGGUUGGGUGUUCCUAUGGGUACUGAGUAUCAUCAGGUCUCAUGGAGAAUAGAUAUCUCAGUUCUGCUUUUGUUCCCGACAGUAGUCGGAGGUGGGAUUGAAGAUGCCAAUUAAUAUACUAAUUGUGGGGAGCAAGCCACAGAGGCAUCAGAAGGUACAGACAGACCCAGGGGCUCUCGAGGGGACACAACCAGCGCAGGAAUUGACUUGUUGGUCAGUUUAAGACACCAGUGUGUCCGAGAGGUUCUUGUGUAUGUCUGUGCCUAGGGGAGAUGGUGGGAGAUGCCUUCUUCUGAGGUGUCCAGAGGGCUUCUGUAGGACAAGAGCUGGGACCCUUCCGUACUCCAUGGAUGGAGCAGGGGAAGGGAACCCUUCACUUCCACCUGAGAAGAACGUGCUGCUGUUGAAUUAAAUGUUCUUGCCCCCACCAGCCCGUGGAAGGGAGUUUUCAGCCAAAAUGGGUGAAUCACCAAGUGCUGUGUCUCCGGCUGAGGGGGCUGAGGGGCAGCAACAGCAGCAGGUCCAACCAUGCAUGGUCCAAAACCGUUUCUCAUUGCCCCCACUUCACGCUCAUGUCGUGCCACCAGACCCAACCCCAUCCCUCCGGCCUGGCUGCCACCUCCCUGGGUGGCUGCAGGAGCAGCACCCUCAUGGUGGUGGGAGAUGCAGCCGCUUUUAGGGGAAAAAUAAAUAAUCAGGCUACAGCCCUGGGACUGCGCGAGGAGAUGCGGUCAGAAAUGUUUCUCACGACUGUGACCGGAACUGGAUAUAAACUGUAGCUUGAAAAAAUAGGAAUUUUGUAAACUUGAAAUCUCUUGGUUUUACCCUUUUCUCCUGUUGCUGGAAAGCCACGUGAUGAAUGUAUAUGCUUUACCUUUCUAUCCGACAUAACUGAAAAUCAGACUGCCAACUCCUUGGUUUGUAUUAGCCUUUCUUUUUUUUUUUUUCUUAAAAAAAAAAAAAAAAAAAAGGAAAGUUUGUGAGCAAUAUAUGUAGCAUGCUGUGAACGUCUGUUUUGAUCUUUAUAGUUACUCUUUAAUCCAUCAGUAUUAACACCAGUUCUUUUUUGUGUUCCCCUUGGUACUUCGUAUGCAGUGUAAGCAGAAGCUGUGAUGGGCUUUGCAGUCCUGUGCCGUGUUACUGUAACUCCUGGAUUAUUUUUGUUUAGGAAGCACCUGACUGUGGGCCACCCCGGGGCAGGCAGCGUCGCCCGCACACGGCUGCCACUUUUCGGUCUCUUGUACUAUGUAUAGUUUUAAGUAGAAUAAGCUUUUUAACAGAAUAUUGAUGCGGUUUAUGAGUCACGCAGGCUGCAAGUGUCUGGUGUGUGAGAGUCUUUGUAUUUAUAGUUGUUGGGGUUUGGUUUUUUGGGGUUUUUUUUUGUUUUGUUUCAUUGUUGGUUUUGUUUUGGUUUUUUGUUUUUUUGUUUUUUUUUUUUAAAUUCAUAAAGUAGCAAACUUGAUAAACAUAGCCACUUUAAACUGCUCUUGCUAACCAGACCCUGCUGUAGAUGAAAUACCACUGUAGAAGGAGGGGGGCUGGUGGCCCUCUCUCCCCCAUGGGUGAGCUGAGCUCCUCUCUGCAGAAGGCACGCUCUGAGCUGGGCGCCCACCCCACGUUUGGCCACAUUUGGACCCAAACUCUGGGGAGGCCGGGGUCUGGCAUGUGUUUGAGCCCCCCCGUGCCCAUCAGGCUGCUGCUGGCUCCAUCCUGGUGCAUGGGGUGCAUGGCAACCUGAGUUGCCAGUGUGGGAGCGCUGGACGGUCCGGCUGCUGGACCGAGAACACGGGCACGGUGUCUCUGCAGCCAAAAAGCUUCCAAGCCUCUCCCGAGGGCACAAAUCAGCCCUUGAUUUGCCGUCUGCAGAGCCCGGCGUGUCGGGGGGCAAGGAGCAGCGCUGACUCCACCUGGGUGGCUGUGGGUCUGAGCCCCCUGGCUGGGGGGCAGGAGGGCAGGGCAGUGCCCAGGGUGAUGCUCCACUGCAUCUCCCACCCCUCACCCUCUGGACGGGGGGUGAGUUGUACCCAGCCCCAGCCCCACACCUCUCAGCUUCUUCCCUCCUCCCGCCGCAGGUGGUUUGGGACGGGGGAUUAAGGACAAAGCUCUGAUCCUGCUGCUCCCUCCCCACCGGGAAUGGGGGCAGCUCAGUGGAAGCUCUGUGUGUCCCACGUCCCUGCAGCAUCCCGGGGAGGUGGCACCUCCCCUGCCCUGGGCUCCAGCAAUGCCACAGCUCCCUGCUUUCGCAGGAGGUUUCCCUGCAAGGUUGAGGCAGCUGCUGGGAGCUCACUGUGGGUUUCCACAGCAGCUUCUACCAGUUAUUUUUUUUUCUGUUGUUGCUGGUUGGGGGUUUUUUUGUUGUUUUCUUUUUUUUUUUUUUUUUGCAGAGGACAGACUGACCUAGUGGGAUGGAUUUUUUUUGUGUGUGUGACUUUUGUUAGUUUUUAAGUUACCCAACUUGAAUUUAUCUGAACAGAUGCAGAAGGAACUUCUUUUUUUUUUUUUUUUUUUUUUGUGAGUUAAGAGACAAAAACGCAUUUUUAAACAAAGGAAUCAUGUAUUAACAUUUUAACAGCAAUUCAUAAAUCUGCACUUUUUAUGAGGUUUUGAAAAAUCUAUUUAUAGGUACGGAACAAUGGGGUUUGUUUAAAACUGUAUCGCAUUUAUACUUGCUGAAAUUACUUUCAUUGUUAUCAGUAGGAAUUUCAUUGGUUAAAUAAAAUGGAUAAAACCUG